AUGCAAAUCUUUGUAAAAACUCUUACUGGCAAAACUAUUACACUCGAAGUCGAACCAAGCGAUACCAUUGAAAAUGUUAAAGCAAAAAUUCAAGACAAAGAAGGUAUUCCACCUGAUCAACAACGCCUCAUCUUUGCUGGUAAACAACUCGAAGAUGGUCGCACAUUGAGCGAUUAUAAUAUUCAAAAAGAAAGUACUCUUCACCUUGUACUUCGCUUACGUGGUGGUAUGCAAAUAUUCGUAAAAACACUCACCGGCAAGACAAUUACACUCGAAGUCGAACCAAGCGAUACCAUUGAAAAUGUUAAAGCAAAAAUCCAAGACAAAGAAGGUAUUCCACCUGAUCAACAACGACUUAUUUUCGCCGGCAAACAACUCGAAGACGGUCGAACACUUAGCGACUACAAUAUUCAAAAAGAAAGUACACUCCAUCUAGUACUUCGAUUACGUGGUGGAAUGCAAAUUUUUGUGAAAACUCUCACCGGUAAAACAAUUACACUUGAAGUCGAACCAAGUGACACAAUCGAAAAUGUUAAAGCAAAAAUCCAAGAUAAAGAAGGUAUUCCACCUGAUCAACAACGCCUUAUCUUUGCCGGCAAACAACUUGAAGAUGGUCGAACAUUAAGUGAUUACAACAUCCAAAAAGAAAGUACACUCCAUCUUGUUCUUCGAUUACGUGGUGGUGAUCAUCAAUAA